AUGAGGAUCAAGAAGAAGGGGACUUCCGGUAACGCCAAGAACUUCAUCACCAGGACACAAGCUGUUAAGAAGCUCCAGGUCUCGUUGGCUGAUUUCCGUCGGCUCUGUAUAUUCAAAGGUAUAUAUCCGCGGGAACCGCGUAAUAAGAAAAAGGCAAAUAAAGGCUCCACCGCUCCAGUAACGUUUUAUUAUGCUAAGGAUAUCCAAUAUUUGCUCCACGAGCCUGUUUUGCAAAAGUUUAGAGAGCACAAGACAUUUGCCAAAAAGUUACAGCGUGCUUUGGGCCGUGGAGAGGUUAGUGAUGCCGCUCGUUUAGAGUCGAAUAGACCAAAGUACUCGUUGGACCAUGUCAUCAAGGAGAGAUAUCCAACAUUUUUGGAUGCGUUGAGAGACCUCGAUGAUCCUCUCAAUAUGUUAUUUCUCUUUGCCAAUAUGCCUGCUACCGAUAAAGUGAGCCAUAGGAUCACCAAAGAUGCUGAAAAAUUAUGCAACCAAUGGCUUGCCUACGUUGCGAAGGAAAGAUUGAUCAAGAAGGUUUUCGUUUCUAUCAAGGGUGUUUACUACCAAGCCAAUGUUAUGGGCCAGGAGGUGAGAUGGUUGGUACCUUACAAGUUUCCCACCAAUAUCCCUUCAGACGUUGAUUUCAGAAUCAUGAUGACGUUUUUGGAAUUUUAUUCCACCUUGUUGCAUUUUGUGUUGUACAAGUUGUACAACAAUGCAAACUUGAUUUACCCUCCAACUAUCGAUAUCGAGAAACUCAAGGGUAUUGGUGGCUUGUCGGCCUACAUUCUUCAGACUAAAGACAGUGUCAAUCCGUUAAUACCAAAGACAAAAGCCGCCCAAACUGACGCUGCCGGAACAAAACUUGACGACAAGGAGAUUUCCAAGGCCAUUGAGGCAGACCAGAAAGAUGAUGACGAAGAUGUGGAACCUGGUGUCGAUGAAGUUGAGUUAGAUGAAUUCUCCGCUACCAACAAGACCACUGGAGACUUGUUGAGCCAGCCUUCCCAAUACGCCAGUCCAACAUCCACGUUAUUUUCCAAGUUUGUCUUUUAUGUUGGUCGUGAAGUUCCAUUAGAUAUUCUUGAGUUUUGUAUAUUAUCGUGUGGUGGAUCUUUGGUUUCUGAGAUAGCCAUGGAUGAUUUGAAAAUCAACCAUCCUGAAGCAUACAAAAACUUGGACUUGAGUACCAUCACCCACCAAAUCGUCGACAGACCAAAGGUUGCAUCGAAGGUGGCUGGAAGAACUUAUAUUCAACCUCAAUGGAUUUUCGAUUCGUUGAACCAAGGAAGCUUACUUCCCGUCAAUCUGUAUGCACCAGGUGAGACACUUCCACCACACUUGUCACCAUGGGGAGACGCUGCUGGGUAUGAUCCUGAAAGCAAGAAGACCGAGGAAGGUGAGCAAGAAGACGAGGAAGAAGAAGAAGAGGAAGUGGAAGUUGAGGAAGAAGAUGAGAACCAAGAGGAACCUGAAGAAGAAGACGAAGAUGUCAAAGAACAGAGAGAAUUGGAGAUGGAGGCAUCUGGUGUGAAAUUCUCCGAUACUGUGGAAGACAAGAAGAAGAAGCCAUCUAAGAAGAGAAGUGCCGAAGAAGAAGAGAAGGACCUUAAGAAGAUCAUGAUGACCAACAAGCAGCGUAAAUUGUAUAACAAGAUGCAAUAUGGUAUCAACAAGAAGGAGACCAGACAAGACGAGUUGGCCAAGAAGAGAAGAAAGAUUGACAAGAAGAAGGCCGAGUUGCAGAAGCUUAAUUAA